GAAAACAAGCAAAGCCAGACCUCCUUCUCGAUUUCGCUCCCCCUUUCCCAAUACCGUACUACACGAUAAACGGGUUUCUCACAAUUCAGCUGAGCGCCACCAGCACGACGACCGCAGCAAACGUUAAACCCUAGGAAGGGAAAAGAAAAUAAUACAAAAAACAAAAACAAAAAAAAGCAAGAUGCUCGCAAUAUUACGGAAAUCACGACUGAAGGAUCAGGAGAUGCGCGUGUUAAUGCUGGGACUUGACAAUGCCGGAAAAACCACCAUCGUCAAGCACGUCAUGGGCGAGGAUGUGAGGACUGUGAGUCCCACGUUGGGAUUCAUUAUCAAGACAAUCGAUUACAAAGGGUACGUACAGAGUGGCAUGUGGGAUGUGGGCGGCCAAAAAACCCUCCGCAGUUACUGGAGAAAUUAUUUUGAAAAGACCGACUCUCUCAUCUGGGUCGUUGAUGCAACCGACCGGUUCAGACUCGGCGAUUGUAGGACAGAGCUUCAUGGACUUCUCCAGGAGGAGAGGCUCCUCGGCGCUUCACUUCUGGUGUUCGCUAAUAAAACCGAUGUCAGCGGUUGUAUGGCAGAACCCGAAAUCACCCAGGGCCUCAACCUCAACGAUAUAAAAACGCAUAAAUGGGCCAUCUUCUCCUGCAGCGCGAUCACUGGGAAGAACAUCUCGGAAGGCCUCGACUGGGUCGUCGGCGAUGCGCAGGAAAGAUUAUUCCUGUAUAACGGGCUGGGCGGUGACCUCGCUACUGCUAAUACUGUGAAGGGACAGUUGAACUAGUCCAGCUAGCUAGCCCCGGGAACACAGUAAAAUGGAUGGCUGUGGUCGUGUUAUGUCUGGGGCGGUGGAGACUCCGAACGUUGUGGUGCCGUAAUGAGGGCAGUGGUGAUGAUGAUGCCCCUUUCACAUACCUCAUCUAGAGUAUUAUACCACGCAUUCAAUUUCACUAUUUAUGCUAGGCUAAAAUGAACUAUAAUAUCA